UCGUCGUUUAGGUUGCUCCAACUGGAACCGGGUCGACCCACUUGGCUCUCUCGCUGUCUCGCAAAAUCAAAUACCCAAUUUCACCGCUAACCCCUCCACACACACACAACUUAUAAUCAGGGUUUCACUCGCUCCCAAAAUAUUUAAUCCACUUCACUAAUAGCUCUAUACAUUCAACAUCUCGAUUCAAUCUGAGGGUUUGAUUGUAAUGUGGAUAGAAUGAAGAAGGGAAAGCAAAUUCUUAUCUGUCAGUCUGGCGGGAAGCUUGUGACGGCGGAUGAUGGUUCCUUGUCCUACAAGGGUGGAGAGGCUCAUGCUAUUGGUGUCGAUAAUGAGAUGCCUUUUGAUGAAUUGAAGUCUGAGAUUGCGGAUAUGUGGAGAUAUGAUCCUUGUUUUAUUGUGAUUAAGUAUUUUCUCCCCAACAACAAUAAGCACCUUAUUACAGUCUCUAGUGACAAGGAUGUAAAAAGAAUGCUUGAUUUUUAUGAGGAUUCCACAACAGUGGAUGUUUAUGUCUUCACUGCUGAUGAUAUCAUCGUUGAAGUGCCGGAUGCGCCUGUCAGUAGAUCCAUCGUGACAACAAUGCUCGAGCCUGUUACCCCUGUUGAUCCUGGCAGCUCUGAUGAAUUUGUCAUUCCUCUUGGUGAAGAAAACUGUAUUGAUCUCGAGCAUCCUCCCAAUCCGGAGCCUUUACUAAUUGGUGAUACUCAAACUGAGAAGCCGAUGGAGCAUGGGCAGUUUAAACACUUAAGAUUAUGGAAAAACUGUAUCACUGGUAUUGAACAACAAUUUAAUAGUGUUAAUGAUCUCCGCGAUGCUUUACGCAAAUACGCUAUAGCACGUGGUUUUACAUGCAAGUACAAGAACAAUGAUUGUAGACGGGUUAGUGCUAAGUGUAAAGCUGAGGGCUGUCCUUGGAGGGUUUUUGCUUCAAGAUUGGGUACCACAAAGAUGUUUAUAAUUCGGAAGUUUAAUGAAACCCACACUUGUGGAGCUGGUACGAGCACAGGUGGUCGACCUCAUGCCUCGAAGAAGUUGCUGGUAAGCAUUAUGAAGGACAUCUUACGAGAUUCUCCUACCAGCAAGCCAUUGGAAAUUGCUGAGGAGAUCCAACAGGAUUUUGGGAUUGAACUGCAGUAUUCACAGGCAUGGCGUGGGAUGGAAACUGCCAGGAAAGAGCUUCAGGGUACAUUUAAAGAUUCAUACCAUCAUUUGCCUUGGUUCUGUGAGAAGAUUGUAGAGACAAAUCCUGGUAGUGUAGCCACUCUAAUUACAAGAGAGGAUAUGAGCUUUCAUCGUCUUUUUAUUGCAUUUAAAGCUUCAUUGACUGGUUUCUGUAAUGGUUGUCGCCCUCUCAUCUUCCUUGAUACCAAGACGGUGAAAUCAAAUUAUAAUUCUGAGCUUCUGACCGCUACGUCAUUGGAUGGAAAUGAUGGUAUUUUUCCCGUCGCUUUCGCCAUAGUAGAUAAAGUAAAUGCUGAUAACUGGAAUUGGUUUAUAGAGCAAAUUAACACUGCUCUUGCAGUGUCCCAACCAAUAACGUUUGUUGCAGAUAGAAAGAUGGGGUUGAGUUGGUCUCUUUCCCAUGUAUUUAAAAAUUCUUUCCAAGCUUAUUGUCUGCAUUAUCUUACGGAAGAUUUGAAGAUGGAAUUGAAAGGAUCUCAUAGUCAGGAAGUUAUCCACAUGGUUCUUGCGUGCUUCUUUGAUGCUGCCUACGCAGCAACCGCUGAUACAUACAGGGUGUGUGUGGAAAAUAUCAAAAAUAUAUCACCAGAGGCAUAUGAAUGGAUAUUGAAAAGUGAGCCUAGAUACUGGGCAAAUGCACUUUUUGAAGGUUCGCGUUAUAACAAUCUCACGUGCAACAUUACAAAAUCGUUCUACGAUUGGGUGUCCGACCUUCCCAUCUUACCAAUUACAGAGAUUAUUGAUGGCAUUCGACGUAGGAUGAUGGAGCUGAUCUAUACACGUCGGAUAGAUUCAGGUCAGUGGUUGGAUAAACUAACUCCAACAAUAGGAAAUAAACUACGAGUAGAAAUUGCAAAAGCACAAGAAGUUCACGUGGUAGAGUCUACUGUUGGGACAUUUAAGGUUUCUGACGAUCUUGGCGUAAUUAGCAUUUUGAACCUUGAUCUCUGGGAUUGUAGUUGUGGAAUGUGGCAAGUCACUGGCAUUCCAUGCUUACAUGCUGUUGCAGCAGUUGAAUACAGUAAUGGCGACAUUUUUGAUUAUUGUUCCAAAUACUUUACAACUGAAACUUUCCGGUUAAUCUAUAUGGAUUCUAUAAAUCCACUUCCAACAGCCAACAUGCCCGUCCAUAAAGAUUCUUUCCCUGUAAAAGUACACCCGCCCGUGGUAUCCCCUCCUCCACCAAGUAUACCCAAGAGGAGAAGAAUCCGUUCAAGAGGGGUUGUUAAGAGGCCACUACAUUGUAGCAGGUGCAAAGGGAUUGGACACAAUAGAGCAACCUGUCCAUUAAUGCCAACCUAGUAGUAUGCAUUGUUUUCCUAUCGUACUUGGGGCAAGUUGCCGAGAGCUACUGGUUAGGAAUCAUGGGGUGAAUUUAGGUAAGAAUUCAGGGUGAAUAUUGCUGGCAGAUUUUACAUCGUGUUUAAUUACUGUUUAAAAAGUUUUCUCAAUGUUUUUACUUUUUAGAGGAGGUUGAUGUGCAGAACUUAUGGAACAGGAACAUGAAAACUGCUUCUGUUGUUUC